AUGAGGAGCUGGAGCUGCUGCAGUUCCAGCAAUGUGACUCUGCAGGUGUUUGUGCUGGACGAGAACGAUAACGCGCCCUCCUUGCUGGGACCUCAGGCGGGCAGCGCAGUGAGCGAACUGGUGUCACGGACAGUGGGUGCAGGACAUGUGGUGACAAAGGUGCGCGCAGUAGACACAGACUCUGGCUACAAUGCUUGGCUGUCUUAUGAACUGCAACCUUCAACAGGUGGCGCACGCAGCCCGUUCCGUGUGGGACUGUACACGGGUGAGGUCAGCAUUACACGUGCCCUAGAUGAGGCUGAUGCUCCACGACAGCGUCUGUUGGUGCUGGUGAAAGACCAUGGCGAGCCGGCGCUGACUGCCACUGCUACCGUGUUGGUAUCCCUGGUGGAAAGCGGACAGAUUCAGAAAGCCUCCUUGCCUGUAUUAACCGGUGCAGUGGGCUCUCAGGCAUCGCUGAUGGAUGUCAACGUGUACCUGAUCAUCGCCAUCUGCGCCGUGUCCAGCCUGUUGGUGCUCACGCUGCUGUUGUACACCGCGCUGCGCUGCUCGGCGACACCCACAGAUGGAGCCUGUGCUCCAGGGAAGCCCGUGCUGGUGUGCUCCAGUGCAGUGGGCAGCUGGUCAUACUCACAGCAGAGGAGGCAGAGGGUGUGCUCUGGAGAAGGUCCGCCCAAGACCGACCUCAUGGCCUUCAGCCCUGGCCUCUCUCCAGGUUUGAACAUAUCGGAAAGAAGUGAGCAGCCAGAAGGAAAUUCGGAUCUUUCUGGAAAUGGGGCCCAGACGUCAGGCAGUGUCUGCUGCUCUGGCUUCUGCUCCUCUCAGCCUGGGAGGCAGGGCGGCCAGCUCCACUACUCCGUCCCCGAGGAGGCCAAACACGGAACCUUCGUGGGCCGCAUCGCUCAGGACCUGGGGCUAGAGCUGGCGGAGCUGGUGCCCCGCCUGUUCAGGGUGGCGUCCAAGGACCGCGGGGACCUUCUGGAGGUAAAUCUGCAGAAUGGCAUUUUGUUUGUGAAUUCUCGGAUCGACCGGGAGGCGCUGUGCGGGCGGAGCUUGGAGUGUAGCAUCCACCUGGAGGUGAUCGUGGACCGGCCGCUGCAGGUUUUCCACGUGGAGGUGGAGGUGAGGGACAUUAACGACAACCCGCCGCUAUUUCCGACGACAGAAAAAACUAUCCGAUUUCCUGAAUCGAGACUGCUAGACUCGCGGUUUCCUUUAGAGGGAGCUUCGGAUGCAGAUAUAGGAGUAAACGCUCUUCUGUCCUAUAAGCUCAGUCCCAGCGAGUUUUUCUUUCUAGAUGUACAAACAAAUGAUGAACUCAGCCAAUCGCUGUUUCUUGUGCUGGGGAAAUCUCUGGACAGAGAGGAAAAUGCUGAGGUGAAAUUGUUACUGGUAGCUACGGAUGGAGGCAAGCCUGAACUCACAGGUUCUGUUCAGAUACUCAUUAAAGUGUUAGAUGUGAAUGACAAAGAACCUACUUUCCCCAAAUCCGUUUACAAAGUUCAGUUGUUAGAGAACACCGAAAACGGAACCUUGGUGGUGAAAUUAAAAGCGUCUGAUGCAGAUGAAGGACCAAACAGUGAGAUUGUGUAUUCACUGAGUAGUGAUGUGUCUUCUACCACACGGACCAAGUUCCAAAUAGACCCCAACUCGGGAGAAAUCAGAACGAAGGGGGAAUUAGACUACGAAGAAAGGACAUCCUAUGAAAUUCAGGUCAUUGCAUCUGACAAGGGAACCCCAUCAAUGUCAGGACAUUGUAAAAUUUCAGUAAAACUCUUGGAUAUCAAUGACAAUACCCCAGAAGUCUCAAUAACGUCUAUCUCACUACCAGUCCAAGAAAACGCUCCACUGGGCGCUGUGAUCGCCCUCAUCUCAGUCUCAGACCGUGACUCAGGAAUCAACGGGCAGGUGACCUGCUCCCUGACCCCUCAAGUCCCCUUCAAGCUGGUGUCCACCUUCAAGAACUACUAUUCGCUCGUGCUGGACAGCGCCCUGGACAGAGAGACCACACCCGACUAUAAAGUGGUGGUGACAGCCCGGGACGGAGGCUCGCCCUCGCUGUGGGCCACCGCCAGCGUGUCCGUGGAGGUGGAUGAUGUGAACGACAAUGCACCCACGUUCGCGCAGCCAGAAUACACGGUGUUCGUGAAGGAGAACAACCCGCCUGGCGCGCACAUCUUCACAGUGUCUGCCAUGGACGCAGAUGCGCAGGAGAACGCGCUGGUGUCCUACUCGCUGGUGGAGAGGCGGGUGGGCGAGCGCUCGCUGUCGAGCUUCGUGUCUGUGCACGCGGAGAGCGGCAAGGUGUUUGCUCUGCAGCCACUGGACCAUGAGGAGCUGGAGCUGCUGCAGUUCCAGGUGAGUGCGCGGGAUGCUGGUGUGCCUUCCCUGGGCAGCAAUGUGACUCUGCAGGUGUUUGUGCUGGACGAGAACGACAAUGCGCCAACGCUGCUGUCCCACGGAGCCGUGGGAGCGGGAGGGGCAGUGAGUGAGUUUGUGCCUAAAUCAGUGGGUUCGGGUCACGUGGUCACCAAGGUGAGAGCAGUGGAUGCCGACUCUGGUUACAAUGCUUGGCUCUCUUAUGAACUGCAGACGUCGGCAGGCAAUUCCCGAAGCCUGUUCCGCGUGGGUUUAUAUACCGGUGAGAUCAGCACCACACGCGCCCUGGAUGAAGCCGAUGCGCUGCACCAGCGCCUGCUGGUACUGGUGAAGGAUCAUGGUGAACCUGCGCUGACUGCCACAGCCACAGUGCUCGUUUCUCUGCUUGAGAACAGCCAAGCUCCAAAAGCCUCGUCAAAAACGUUGGUAGAUGCUAUUGGCCGAGAGGCAUCGCUGGUGGAUGUCAACGUGUACCUGAUCAUCGCCAUCUGCGCCGUGUCCAGCCUGUUGGUGCUCACGCUGCUGCUGUACUCCGCGCUGCGCUGCUCGGCGACGCCCACAGAUGGAGCCUGUGCUCCAGGGAAGCCCGUGCUGGUGUGCUCCAGCGCGGCGGGGACCUGGUCAUACUCACAGCAGAGGCGGCAGAGGGUGUGCUCUGGAGAGGGUCCGCCCAAGACCGACCUCAUGGCUUUCAGCCCCAGCCUAUCCCAAGGUCCGGAAUCAGCGGAGGAGAGACAGCCGCCCUUAGAGUCAGAAUACUUAGCAAAGGUUCGGGACGAAAUCUCUGUGUGA